AAACCGAAAUAAUAAUAAUAAUAACCCUUUAUCGAUAUUUGAAAUUAGAACCGUUACAACGUAAACCCACUCCCUUCAACGGCUACUUCUCCUUCCAUCUCCAACGCAAACAAACCCUUCCUUCUUCCCCCAAAUCACUCAAAACCUCUGUUCAUCAUUUUUUUUCCACCGAUUCCCCCAAAAGUCUCCAUUUUUACCCCUUUCAUCCAUUUGGGGUUUUCCCAAUUUCCCAAUGGUGCAGGUCCAGAUCAUGCCGGAACAAAAUUCCGAUUCCGCCGCUCCUCCGCCUCCUCCUCCUCCGCCGCACAACCGCCGGCCAAGGGUCCGCGAGGUCAGCUCCCGGUUCAUGUCCCCCUCCGUGCCGCGCCGCCCGCGGUCGGAGCUCGAUCCCGAUGAGAAUUCCGAAACCCCGUUCCCAAUUAUUUCUCAGAGAAAACAAACACAAACACCACAACAACGUUCUAUGAAAAUUUUCAAAGAAAACAACAACAACGGACAUGAACAUGUUGCACCGCACCCUCACCCUUCAAAGUCAUGUUCUGGCAGAAUUGGUACACCUUGUGUUUCUAGGCCUGGCACUCCCACACCCUCAGUUUAUGUGUCUUCAAGGUAUAGACAAACACAACAACAACACCAUCAUCACCAUAACAAUCACCAUCAUCAUAGAUUUGUUAAUGGCAUGGCCUCUGCUGCCGAGAAAUUGAUGCAAGCCAGUGGAUUGAAUCAGGCUAAGUCCAGUAAUGAUUCUGGAGUGAACUCUAGUAUUCAGUCACUCCCUGAAUUGGGGGAGAGAGAGAUGUUGCUGCAGUCCAAUUUGUCUGUGGGUGAGAAAAUUGGGAGUGGCAAUGGUGGUGGUGGUGGUGGUGGUGGGGACUUGAAGUUUCACCACCCUUCGCCUUUGUCGCGGUCGGUUACUUUGCCUUCUUCCGGUGGUGAGAACAAACCUCCUUCUUCUGUCGCCAAGCAGCAUGGGAGUGGUGGAAAUCAGUUGACUAAGUCUGGAGGGGGGCUUAGUUUGCCGCCGGUGCCUCCUCAGUGUGGAAGGCCAGCAGUGGAUGUGAGGAAAGGGAAGAAAGGGUCUAGUCAACAGGAAGAUGUGCAUUCUCUUAGACUGUUGUAUAAUCGAUAUUUGCAAUGGAGAUUUGCGAAUGCAAAAGCGCACUCCACAAUGAAAGCUCAGCAAACAGAAAUCCAGAAAGCACUAUAUUCUCAAGCAAUGAGAAUAUCAGAAAUGCGUGAUUCUGUGAACAAGAAACGCAUAGAGCUGGAGCUUUUGCAGAAAUCAAAGAUUCUGUCAACAAUUCUUGAACCUCAAAUUCCAUAUCUAGAUGAGUGGUCUACAAUGAUGGAAGAAUAUUCAGUCUCUAUUACGGAAGUGAUUCAGGCUUUAGUGAAUGCCACAGUGCGACUUCCAGUUGGUGGGAAUGUUAGGCUUGAUGUAAGAGAGCUGGGGGAGGCCCUGAAUUCAGCAUCGAAGAUGAUGGAAACAAUGAUUUCCAAUAUACAAAGAUUCAUGCCAAAGGCAGAAGAAACAGACAUUUCCAUUUCAGAAUUAGCCAGAGUAGCUGGUGGGGAAAGAGCUCUUGUUGGAGAAUGUGGAGAUUUAUUAUCAAAGAGAUACAAAUCACAGUUGGAGGAGUGCAGCUUAAGGGGCCAGCUAAUCCAACUGCAUUCAAUUUGCCACAAGAAUAAGAACGAAGAACAACAAACAAGCAACUGAAAUAAUUCAAUUGCAAGUUCAUUGUGGAAAUACUAAACACAUCUCUAAUGCUGAUAGUUGAUGAGGGAACAUCAACAAACAGUACAAGACCUGCAGAUGCAUUUCUCUUUCACAUUCUUUUUCCAUUAGUUGAGAUACAAGGGGAGAAAAGGAACAUGAUCAUAUGCAAAAUUUGUUUGAGUUGUUGUCUCAACUCUCACGAAGUUCCACAACCACAAGCAUUGUAUUCUUAUCAAUGUAAGGUUGAGGCGCAGCCAAGUCAACCAUCUCUUCUUCCCCCAUUUCACUCACUGGAUGUCAAUAAAAGUAAUAGGACACUUUGUCCUUGAGUUUAAUGAAUGAAAUGUUGGCCAGUUUUCUUUGAACUUUUGUUCUCGUGUAUUUUCUUAUACAACUAUAGCAUGGAAAAGUAGUGGUUGGUUAACUUUUUUCA